UUUGAGAAAACGAUCAAAUUUUACGAUGUGGUGAACCCGUCUAGAUUCUAACGCUUCUUGUGACGUUUGAGAAAACGAUCAAAUUUUUUUUUGAGAAUGUUGAACGCAGGGAUAUGAGAAGGGCAAUCCAACGUAAGGCCGCCAUUUUUUGAUGGAACGAAUUACUCCUAUUGGAAGGAGCGGAUGAGAAUUUUUGUUCAAUCUAAUGACUUCAAAAUUUGGCUUGCUAUCAAGAAUGGAGAUAACUUGCCGAUGAAGAAGAUAGGUGAUACACUCAUCCCGAAGAAUGAGGAUGAAUAUGAUGAAGCCGACUUCAAGAAGGCUCAAUUGAAUGCCACCGCCAUAAACUUCUUGUAUUGUGCUGUCAACGACAACGAUUAUCAAAAGAUAUCUCAUUGCCAAACUGCCAACCAAAUGUGGAACAAGCUCAUGAUCACAUCUGAAGCUACGCCUCAAGUUCGUGAAUCAAAAAUUGAUUUACUAACUCAUGAAUAUGAGUUAUUUGCUAUGAAAGAGAAUGAGCUUGUGGAGGACAUGUUUGGAAGAUUUUCGAACAUUAUCAACGACCUUGAUAUGCUUGGAAAGACUUUCGCCGACAAGGAGUUAGUGAGGAAAAUCCUGUGAAGUCUUACCAAGGAAUGGGAGUCAAAGGAUAACUCCUUCUACGAAGGCUGAGAUUAUAACGUCAUCACAUACGACGGUCUUCGAGAGAGUUGGGGUUCUAAGGUAUAUUUCAAAACGGGCCUUUGAAUUGCAUGACUCCGGGCCGUGUGGAGAGUUGACAAUCCUCCAUAUCGUGGUUAAGGAAAUGAAUCGACUCGGCCUUUGAUUGAUUUUUUUUAUUCUUAAGUGCGUAAGUUACGUAAUAUAUUGUCUACGUGCCUAUUAUACGUGUAAUGUUCAACUCGUGUUUGUUCUCUUUUUUCAUUUUGUCUCGGUGAAACAAUUUUUAUUAAAAAAGAAUAAAACAAAAUACAUGAGGGGAGGACCAAACCAAAGCCCCUCCAUAAAUGGUGAGAACAUAUGUUUACUAAAAACAUAAUGAUUGCUAAAAUAGAUGUCGAGCAAAAAUUAUAGGUUUCCCACUAUUGCAAAGUGAACUUUAACAUAGUUUAUUUUCACUCUUCAUCCCAAUUGCUCCAUAACAUAUUGAUCGAUCAGAAGCACAUGAAGCUCUUAUGUCCAAAGCCUACUACAAACUUUAAAAACACUUCUCUUCACCAAGAAAUUAAAACCUAAUAACGAAUAUCUUUCUGAAUAGUAGACAUUAUUACUCAAUAGACAUAUUCCUCUUCUUUUUUUUAGCAAAGAGAGAUAUUAUGAAAUCAAGUGAUGACCGGGUAUUGUGAAGAAGAGGAAUAUGUCCACGAUAUUGUGAAAAAAGAAAGAGAUAUUAUAUUGUGAAAUAAUGUUGGAGACAAACUUCAAGAGGGAGUUCCUACUUGCAUAGAGACUCUUUCAAGGCCUAGAAUCAAAAUUUGGGUGCUUAUAAUAGGCAAGAUAGAAACUGCAAUAACGGGAACCCGUGUAUGAAGUACAUCUUCGUCAAUCAUCUCCCUAAUUCUAUAAAAACAAGCUUGGUCUGAAUCCAGUGUAUCAUGCAUAAUUAAUUGUGUUCUUCAAGAUAGCUUUCCUAUAAUAGAUUAUAAGGUUGUACUCUUUAAGUGCAUUAAUACCAUUAGCUUCAUCAUUGUAAUGAAAUCAUUAAGUUUAU